AUGCUGUGGAUUUUGUUCCUCAUACUAGUCUGUUCUCAAGGUUCUGUGACCCAGGAUUCUGGCCCGCAGUACGCAGAUGUCGUGUUUCUGGUGGACAGCUCUGACCACCUGGGAGUGAAGUCCUUCCCGUUUGUGAAAACCUUCAUCACCAGGAUGAUCAGCAGUCUCCCCAUAGAGGCCAGCAAGUACCGGGUGGCCCUGGCCCGGUACAGCGACAAGCUCUACCACGAAUUCCACCUGAACACCUUCAAGAGCAGGAACCCCAUGCUGAACCACCUCAAGAAGAACUUCGGGUUCAUUGGCGGGUCCCUGCGGGUCGGAAACGCCCUCCGGGAGGCACAUGGCACCUACUUCUCUGCGCCUGCCAAUGGGAGAGACAAGAAGCUGUUCCCCCCAGUCCUGGUGGUCCUGGCUUCCGCGGAGUCCGAGGACGAUGUGGAAGAGGCUGCAAAGGCCCUGCGGAAAGACGGGGUGAAAAUCGUCUCCGUGGGGAUCCAGAAAGCGCCUGAGGAAAACCUGAGGGCCAUGGCCACGGCUCAGUUUCACUACAGCCUUCGGACGGCCAGAGACCUGAGCACGUUUUCCCAGAACAUGACCCAGAUCCUCGGGGAGGUGACGCGGCACCGGGAGGGAGCCGCCGACGAUAUUCUUGUUGAAGUCUGCCAGGGCCCCUCUGUGGCCGACGUCGUGUUCCUGCUGGAUGUGUCCAUCAACGGUAGCCAGGAGAACUUCGACUACCUCAAAGAGUUCCUGGAAGAAAGCAUUUCUGCCCUGGACAUAAAGGAGCAUUGCAUGAGGGUCGGCCUCGUGGCCUACAGCAACGUGACGAAGGUGAUCAGCCCGCUGAGCGGGGGCAGGAACAAGUCGGAGGUCCUCCUGCACGUGCAGAGCCUGGCUCCCCAGGCCGGGGACGCCCACACGGGCGCUGCGCUCAGGAAGGUCAGGAAGGAGGUGUUCAGCGCCAAGAACGGCAGCAGGAAGAACCAGGGGGUGCCCCAGAUCGCUGUGCUCGUGACCCACAGGGCCUCUGAGGACAACGUGACCAAGGCAGCCGCGAGCCUGCGGCGAGAGGGCGUGACCAUCUUCACCAUGGGCAUCGAGGGGGCCAGCGACACCCAGCUGGAAAAGAUCGCGUCUCACCCCGCCGAGCAGUACGUCUCCAAGCUGAAGACGUUCUCGGACCUGGCCGCUCACAACCAGACCUUCCUGAAGAAGCUGCGGAACCAGAUCACACACACGGUCUCCGUGGUCCCAGAACGCACCGAGACGCUCAAGUCCGGUUGUGUGGACACCGAGGAAGCGGACAUCUACCUCCUCAUCGAUGGCUCCGGGCACACCCAGGCCACAGACUUCCAAGAAAUGAAGACCUUCCUGGCAGACGUGGUGGGCAUGUUCGACAUCGCGCCCCACAAGGUGCGGGUCGGGGCCGUGCAGUACGCCGACAGCGGGGACUUGGAAUUUGAGAUCAGUAAAUAUUCCAACAAGCAGGACCUGGGCAAGGCCAUCGAGAACAUCAGGCAGAUGGGUGGCGGCACGAACACGGGCGCGGCCCUGAACUUCACGCUGAGCCUGCUGCAGAGAGCAAGGCAGCAGCGAGGAAAGCAAGUGCCGUGCCACCUGGUCGUCCUGACCAGCGGCGUGUCCAGAGACAGCGUCGUGGAGCCCGCACGCAGGCUGAGGGCGCAGCACGUCCGUGUCCACGCUAUUGGGGUCAAGGAGGCCAACCAGACGCAGCUGCGAGAGAUGGCCGGCGAGGAGAGGAGGGUGCGCUACGUGCAUGACUUCGACGCGCUGAAGGACAUCAGAAACCAGGUCGUUCAGGAGAUCUGCGCUGAGGAAGCCUGCAAGGAGAUGAGGGCCGACAUCAUGUUCCUGGUGGACAGCUCCGGCAGCAUAGGGCUCGAGAACUUCAGCAAAAUGAAGACAUUCAUGAAGAACCUGGUGAGCAAAUCUCAGGUCGGAGCAGAUCGGGUGCAGGUCGGCGUCGUCCAGUUCAGCCACAUCAACCAAGAGGAGUUUCAGCUCGACCGAUUUCUGUCCCAGGGGGAGGUCUCCGCCGCCAUCGACCGCAUGGCUCACAUUGGAGAGACCACCCUGACCGGCAGUGCUCUGACCUUCAUGUCCCAGUACUUCCGCCCCGCCAAGGGGGCCCGGCCCAACGUCAAGAAGUUCCUCAUCCUCAUCACGGACGGCGAGGCCCAGGACGUAGUCAAGGAGCCCGCGGCAGCCCUCCGGCAGGAAGGCGUAAUCAUCUACUCUGUAGGCGUGUUCGGCUCCAACGUCACCCAGCUGGAGGAGAUCAGCGGGAGGCCAGAGAUGGUGUUCUACGUGGAGAACUUUGACAUUCUGCAGCACAUCGAAGACGAUCUCGUUUUUGGAAUAUGCAGCCCCCGUGAAGAAUGCAAACGGAUCGAAGUCCUGGACGUGGUGUUUGUCAUCGACAGCUCGGGCAGCAUUGACCACGAGGAGUACACUACCAUGAAGGAUUUCAUGAUCGGCUUAGUCAAGAAAGCUGAUGUCGGCAGGAACCAGGUCCGCUUCGGGGCCCUCAAGUACGCCGAUGACCCAGAGGUGCUGUUCUACCUGGAUGACCUCGGCACCAAGUCAGAGGUCAUCUCGGUGCUCCAGAACGACCAGCCCAUGGGGGGCAACACCUACACGGCGGAGGCCCUCGGCUUCUCAGACCACAUGUUCACCGAGGCCCGGGGCAGCCGCCUGCACAGGGGGGUGCCCCAGGUCCUCAUUGUGAUCACCGACGGGGAGUCCCACGAUGCCGAGAAGCUCAACGCCACGGCCAAGGCCUUGCGGGACAAGGGCAUUCUGGUCCUGGCCGUGGGGAUCGCUGGUGCCAACCAGGUGGAGCUGCUGGCCAUGGCAGGAUCGAGGGACAAGUACUUCUUCGUGGAGACCUUCGGAGGCCUGAAGGGGAUAUUUUCAAAUGUGUCAGACAGUGUCUGUAACUCCUCGAAAGUAGAUUGUGAAAUUGAGAAAGUCGAUCUUGUUUUCCUCAUGGAUGGUUCAAAUAGCAUUCACCCAAGUGACUUCCAGAAGAUGAAGGAAUUUUUGGCCUCUGUGGUUCAAGAUUUUGAUGUCACCCUCAACAGAGUGCGGGUGGGCGUGGCCCAGUUCAGCCACACCUACCGCCCUGAGUUCCUGCUGGGCGCCCACACAGGUGGGGAGGAGGUGUCCGCCCGGAUUGCAGGCAUCCAGCAGAUCUUCGGGUACACGCACAUCGGCGCCGCACUCUGGCAGGUGGGCCACUACUUCCGGCCCGAUGCGGGCAGCAGGAUCAAUGCAGGUACCCCCCAGGUGCUGCUGGUCCUCACUGACGGCCAGUCCCAAGACGACGUGGCUCAGGCCGCCGAAGACCUGAGGCGCAGAGGCGUGGACAUCUACACCGUGGGCAUCGGGGACGUGGACGAUCAGCAGCUUGUCCAGAUCACUGGGACGGCGGAGAAAAAGCUGACAGUGCACGACUUCGACGAGCUGAGGAAGGUCAGAAGAAGGAUCGUCCGCAACAUCUGCACGGCGGGCGGUGAGAGCAAUUGUUUCAUGGAUGUUGUGGUGGGAUUUGAUGUCUCCACUCAGCAGAAAGGACAGACCUUGCUGGAAGGUCAAUCCUGGACGAAAACCAACCUUCAAGAUACCUUACGUGCCAUCAGCUCUCUCAAUGGAGUGAGUUGUGAGGUGGGCACGGAGAUUCAGGUUAGUGUCGCUUUCCACGUGACCAACGCCAUGGAAAAAUACUCUCCCAAGUUUGAGAUCUACAGCGAAGACAUACUGAACAGCUUGGCGGGCCUAACAGUUAGAGGACCGUCUCUUCUCGACACAAACCACUUGAGUUCUCUGUGGGACGCGUUUCAGAAUAAAUCGGCGGCUCGAGGAAAGGUGGUCCUUUUAUUUUCAGAUGGAUUGGAUGACGAUAUUGAAAAACUUGAACAAAAAUCUGAUGAGCUUAGAAAAGAAGGCCUGAAUGCCCUCCUCACUGUCGCUCUGAAUGGCGCUGCGGCCUCCAGUGACCUGGGCGGGCUUGUCUACAUUGAAUUUGGGAAAGGCUUCGAAUACAGGACCCAGUUCACUAUCGACAUGAGGGAUCUUGGGAGCCAACUGUCCAAGCAUCUGGUCAACGUGGCCGAAAGGACCUGCUGCUGUGUGUUCUGCAAGUGCACCGGAGGAGAUGGCUCGGCGGGGGACCCUGGACCCCCUGGGAAAAGGGGACCCCCGGGUCUGAAAGGCAGUGAAGGCUACCUGGGGGAAGAGGGCAUUGCUGGAGAAAGAGGAGCCCCAGGGCCGGUGGGAGAGCAAGGUACCAAGGGAUGCCACGGUGCUCGAGGUCCUAAGGGAACCCGGGGACUGACCGGACAGCAGGGAGAAGUCGGGGAGAGCGGAGUUGAUGGAUUAAACGGAGAACAGGGUGAAAGUGGUCUUCCUGGGAGAAAAGGAGAAAAGGGAGAUGACGGAUCCCAGGGAAGCCCGGGACAGAGAGGGACUUCUGGUGACCGUGGAGCCACGGGCCUGCGAGGAGACCCUGGAGUUCCUGGAUUUGACAACAGUGUAGAAGGACCCAGGGGCUCGAAAGGAGGGCACGGAAGGCAGGGUAGAAGAGGCUGGCCAGGGCCCCCUGGAUCACCGGGCUCCAGAAGAAAGACGGCACCUCCUGGCCGAAGGGGACAUGUAGGCCCACAGGGAAAUCCCGGUGUUCCAGGUCCAGAUGGACUUGAAGGCUCACUGGGACUCAAGGGCCCUCAGGGUCCGCGAGGAGAGGCUGGUGUGAAAGGAGAGAAGGGAGGCCUAGGAAUGAAAGGCCCCCAGGGGACCCCAGGACCUGGAGGAGAGAUGGGGAACCCAGGCCGUUUGGGGAACCAAGGAAGUAAAGGAGACCCUGGCGCUCUGGGAGGAAAAGGAGCCGUCGGCUUCCCUGGUCCUCGAGGCUUACCGGGCGACGACGGCAGCCCGGGCUACGGGGGCGUCGGAAGCAAAGGCGCAAAGGGCCAAGAAGGAUUCCCUGGAGAAAUUGGACCGAAGGGAGACAUUGGAGACCCCGGAGGUCCAGGAUGGACUGGACCCAAGGGAGUUCGAGGCAAAACGAUGUUUGCUGGGCUUCCAGGAGAGCUGGGAGUCCCUGGAGAGCCGGGACCUCGUGGGCGCAUGGGCGUGAAAGGGGCCAAAGGACUGGCUUCGUUUUCCACAUGUGAGCUCCUCCAGUACGUGCGGGACCACAGCCCUGGCGGACACGGGAAGCCUGAGUGCCCUGUGCACCCCACCGAGCUGGUGUUUGUCUUGGACCAGUCGCGGGACGUCACGCAGCAGGAGUUUGAGCGCAUGAAGGGGCUGGUGGCCGCCCUGGUGAGGGGCCUCAGAGUGCGGGAGAAUAGCUGCCCGGUGGGGGCGCGUGUCGCCGUCCUCUCCUACGACUCCCACCCCAGGCACCUGCUGCGCUUCUCAGACGCCCACCGGAAGGACCAGCUCCUCAGGGAAAUCCAAGCCAUCCCUUACGAGAGGGCCUCCGGAGGCAGGGACAUCGGCAGGGCCAUGAGGUUUAUUUCCAGGAACGUCUUCAAGCGAACACUUCCGGGGACGCACACAAGAAGGAUCGCCACGUUUUUCAGCAGCGGUCCGUCCUCUGACGCCCAGGCCGUCACCACUGCCGCCAUGGAGUUCAGCGCCCUGGACAUCGUCCCCGUGGUGAUCACAUUCAGCAACGUGCCCUCCGUCAAGCGUUCGUUUGCGAUUGACGACACUGGCACCUUCCAGGUAAUAGUGGUCCCAUCUGGGGCUGACCCUGCACCCGCGUUAGAGAGACUGCAGCGCUGCACUUUCUGCUACGAUACAUGCCAGCCAGAUGCUUCCUGUGACCAAGCCAGACCACCCCCUGUGCCAUCCUACGUGGACGCUGCUUUCCUUCUGGAUGCCUCCCGGCACGUAGGAAGUGCCGACUUCGAAGACAUAAGAGGCUUCCUGGGAGCCCUGUUAGACCACUUCGAAGUCGCCCAAGAGCCCGAGACCUCUGUCACUGGAGACCGGGUGGCCCUGCUGAGCCACGCCCCCCCGGACUUCCUCCCCAACACCCGCAGGAGUCCCGUCCGAGCCGAGUUCAACCUGACCACCUACGGCAGUAAGCGCCUCAUGAAGAGGCACGUGAGAGAGUCGGUCCGGCAGCUGCACGGGGACGCUUUCGUCGGCCACGCCCUGCGCUGGACUCUGGACAAUGUCUUUUCAAGUGCACCCAAUGUGAGAAGGAACAAGGUCAUAUUUGUGAUAUCUGCUGGGGAGACCAGCCACUUGGAUGGGGACACUUUGAAGAAGGAGUCCUUGCGAGCCAAAUGUCAGGGCUAUGCCUUGUUCGUGCUCUCCAUCGGCCCUGCCUGGAAUGACCAGGAGCUGGAAGAUCUGGCCAGCCCCCCUCUGGAUCACCAUCUAGUCCAGCUGGGUCGAAUUCAUAAGCCUGAUCACAAAUAUGGCGUGAAGUUUGUGAAGUCCUUUAUAAGCUCGGUCAGACGUGCGAUCAACAAAUACCCGCCAGUGAACUUCAGAACCAAGUGCAGCAGACUCGGCUCCCCAGAUCCGAAGCAGUCCUCACGGCAGUUCCGAAGCUUUGUUCCUGGAUCACAUAAAGCUGUCCUCAAAGAAGAUGCAUUACGAGAGGCAAAAUUCUUUCAAGAUAAAAAGUAUCUUUCAAGAGUAGCAAGAAGUGGUGAAGAUGAUGCAAUGGGAAAAUUUACCAGAAACACAUCCCAUACCUUUCAAAAUGGAAAAAGGGUAAUAAAAACUGCUUCCAAACGUGAUAAAGGAAGUGCUCAGACAAUUUAGCCUUAGGACUCUGGACGGAAGUCGUAAGUAAAUCCACGGCUAGAAUGCUGGGCAACUUUUACCUGGGCAUCUGUCUGUAUCUGGAGAUGCCCUCUGGAGGGCUGAACAAGCCACGGUGGCAGAUUAUCAGGUAACUUGACACCCUGCGCUCACUGGCAUGAAGGCACAGCUUGUCCACCUUUCUGACCACUCCUGGCCAUCUCGGAACUCUUAGACUGAUACGUCCAAAACUGUCGUCACAGGAGAUGAAAGCCGUGCUCUGGAAAGUCUACGGGAGAGAGAACUUGAUGGUAAACUUCAUAUGUGCAGAUACGUGCACGCAUGGCCAAUGCUGAUUCUUUGACUGAAGGUCUCUGAUUCGUUUUUGGCAAACCAGGGCUGCUUCUUAAUUUAGUAGUGUUUAAUGUUCCUCUCUUUAACCAAAGGUACUAUUUAAUGACUCCACUUACCCUAGAAAUUAAUUUGUGAAAACCCAACCUUCCAUGCUUAUUCCACUUAAACACACCACUCUCUGAGUGGACUGGCUAGUCCCCAGAUGGGCUUGUACCAAAAGGUUCUUUCCAACCUUCUGUAGUUUGCUGGGACAGGUAGAUAGCAUAAGGUAAUUUUCUCCAGCUCUUAAUCCUCCUGAGAAACUCAGAACAUAAAUCACCAUUUGGAGCCUGAAGUUCUCCAUUGAGAGCUUCCUGCCUGGCCAGCUGAAUGGACUUCCAGCCUGUCUUUCUAGUUACGAUCAUUUAUUCAUUUUCAGUAAUCCAUAUAUUCUCUACACAUGGAUAGACACUACCUGCCACGGUGUGCAGCAGACAGCUUUUAGUCAACGGUGAACAGCACCGGCUUUUAAAAGAGCCUUAAAUGCACACUGAGUCUGGAAAGGUAAGAAGGCAUCCAUGUUUUUAUCUGUAAAUCCACAAAGAGUUGCAGAGACGCAGAAGAAAUCAGAGUAGGUCAGACAGGAACGGUCUUCAGAAUGCUGAGCCCCUCGCAGCAUUCUGUGAUGGUUCUACCUGCUCAUCCCCGCCCAGUCCUUACUGGGAGGACGGGGCCGUUGACUUUCAACGACUAAAUAGCAGCACGGUGCUACCUACCAUGAACACGAAGUUCAUACCUUAGUUGAGCUGUCUGAGUGGGCUCCACAGCUGGUAGCGGUGGCCCUGCUAGGUAGAAUACCAUAUUCCUGGGGAAGGGAGGGAAGCUCUGCUUGGAUGCAGGGGGCAAAAGGGUACUGACACCGAAAACCAGUAGAGGGUGUUCAGAUUUUCUCUUCUAUACCUCUUUUCAUAAAUCCUGGUAAGAACAGCCAUCUGCAGUACUUUUUAAAACAUGUAUGCCACUCUCACACAG